AUUUCGUUAAAUUUUAAUUUAUUUAUUUUUUGCCCUUUUCCUCCCCAACUUUUUUUCUUUACCUUCUCUUCCACUACAUCAUCAGCUCCGCUGCUGCUCCCUUCUUUCCUCGAUUUGUUGAUCUGCUCGCUGGUGUCGAUCUUGCCUCUGAUGGGCCACAAGAUUCGCAGAUAAACCGCGUCCGGAGAGAGGGAAGGAGUGAUUUUGAUGAGAAUUCCUCUGGUGGGUUCGUCUGAUUCUGAGGAAAUGAUUUCUAAAGUUUGAAACUUCGGGGGGUGGGGAGGAGGAGGUUGUAUGACUCAGUUGCUCUGAUUGUCUGUCUGCUGGGGGAGUUCAAUUAGGGUCGGGCUCGAUUAGUGGGGGAGGGAGGGGGGUGUUCUGAUAUGGGUGGGUGUUUUCCUUGUUUUGGAUCAUCCGAGGACAAGGAGGGCAGUGGCGGGGUGAAGAAGGAAGUGAGCAGUAAGAAGGAUUCUUCUUCAGUCAAAGAUGGGUCUGCUGUUGCUGCUCAGUCUCAUCACCAUGUCAGCAGAGUUGGCUCAGGAGGUCAUAGGCUCCACCUCACUCUAGAUAAAGCAAAAUCUCGAGGUGGUUCAGAUCCAAAGAAGGAAGUCUCAGUUCCAAAAGAGGGACCCACUGCCCAUAUUGCGGCCCAGACAUUCACUUUUCGAGAGCUUGCUACCGCUACAAAGAACUUCCGGCACGAAUGCCUAUUGGGUGAAGGAGGAUUCGGCCAUGUAUACAAAGGUCGCUUAGAGAGUACUGGACAGGUGGUGGCCGUUAAGCAAUUGGAUCGGAAUGGGCUUCAAGGAAAUAGAGAAUUUCUGGUGGAAGUUCUCAUGCUUAGCUUACUACACCACCCGAAUCUUGUCAACUUGAUAGGCUACUGUGCUGACGGGGAUCAGAGGCUCCUUGUUUAUGAAUUUAUGCCUCUGGGAUCAUUGGAGGAUCACUUGCAUGACCUUCCACCAGACAAGGAGCCACUGGACUGGAACACAAGGAUGAAGAUAGCAGCAGGAGCAGCAAAGGGGUUGGAGUACUUGCAUGACAAGGCCAACCCACCAGUGAUAUACAGGGAUCUCAAAUCGUCCAACAUCCUUCUCGAUGAGGGCUACCACCCAAAGCUAUCAGACUUUGGACUUGCAAAGCUGGGGCCUGUGGGCGACAAGACCCACGUCUCCACUCGGGUUAUGGGUACAUACGGGUACUGUGCUCCAGAGUAUGCCAUGACGGGCCAGCUCACCCUGAAGUCCGAUGUCUACAGCUUUGGAGUCGUCUUUCUGGAGCUUAUCACAGGGCGCAAGGCAAUUGAUAACACAAGGGCCCCAGGAGAACAUAAUCUCGUUGCCUGGGCAAGGCCACUCUUCAAAGACCGGAGGAAGUUCCCAAAAAUGGCGGAUCCAUUACUGCAGGGCAGAUAUCCUAUGAGAGGACUUUACCAGGCCCUUGCUGUCGCGGCAAUGUGCUUACAGGAACAGGCAGCCACGAGGCCUUUGAUCGGCGACGUCGUGACUGCUCUCACGUACCUCGCUUCCCAAACAUAUGACCCGGUUGCAGCUGCAGCCCAGAACAAUAGGGUGGGCCCAUCGACUCCGAGGCUCAGAGAUGACCGGAGAAGCCUGGCGGAUGGUGGGCUGGACAGCCCGGAGGGCGGGACACGUCAUGGGUCCCCCUCCGCUCACAGGAACUCACCCGACUUCAGGAGACGGGACCGCGGGAGGGAAUUGAGCAGUGCAGGGACUGAGGCUGCUAAGACCGAGUCUGGAGGGGGCUCAGGGAGGAAGUGGGGGCUGGACGAGUCGGAGUUGCAGGACUCGCAGAGGGACAGUCCUGUGAGCGUGGGGAGAGCGAGGGAGCGGAACCGGGACCUCGACAGGGAAAGGGCAGUGGCGGAGGCUAAAGUGUGGGGGGAGAACUGGAGAGAGAAGAAGCGGGCGGGAGCAGUUGGGAGCUUCGACUCCACGAACGAGUGAAGGGAGGGGACGUAUUGGGAUGGCUCGUGAAUAAUAUGAUGGGGUUGGGGUUGUUCUUUGUAUCCGACUAUUUUGACUGUUGGCUUGUCCAAAAGUAGGAUUCUUCUUUUUCUUACGGCUUAGUUUCGAUUAUAUGUGGGUUGGGUACGUACAAGCAGGGGAGACUCGAGUCUUUGAGAAAAGGAAGAGAGAGAUGAUGUGGUCGUAACGCAGAGUAUUCGCUCAUGGCGAGGGCUCUCAUGUCCUUUUCAUUUGUAAUUAGGUGAUCUCUUGAUGUUGAAGAUAAUGCUUGAAGAGAGUGGGGCGAGUUGGAAGGGGGCGAGAUGAUUACUGAAUUUUGCCCCAUUUGUUGAUGCUGAAGAUGAUGAUUGAAGAGUUGGGUGAGAGUUGGAAGGGGACGAGAUGAUUGCUGAAUUUUGCCCCAUUUGUUUGUAACCCAAGCACUGUUUCUGCUUCUUCUUCACUACUGUAUAUGAUCGGGCUUCCGAUUAGUUUGCCAAUGAGAUUCCAUUUUCGCACAUUC